CUCGAGCUGGGGGCGCGGUCUGCAUCGUGCGCCCCUCCCUCUCUCCAUAAAAGCCCCGACCCUCGGGCCCGCGGCUCUCAGCCCGUCGGUUCCGAGAGCGUACUAGGCCGUCUCGCGGUGGGCGUGGAGGGAAGGACAGACAGACUCAGGAACGGAGACCCGAGCCAGGGAGACGCGAGCGAGGCACCAUGCGCGAGAUCGUGCACAUCCAGGCGGGCCAGUGCGGCAAUCAGAUCGGGGCCAAGUUUUGGGAGGUCAUCAGUGAUGAACACGGUAUCGACCCCACUGGCAGUUAUCAUGGAGACAGUGAUUUGCAGCUGGAGAGGAUCAAUGUGUACUACAACGAAGCCACUGGUAACAAAUAUGUACCUCGGGCCAUCCUGGUGGACCUGGAACCCGGCACAAUGGACUCAGUCAGGUCUGGACCCUUCGGCCAGAUUUUCAGGCCAGACAACUUUGUGUUUGGCCAGAGUGGUGCUGGGAACAACUGGGCCAAGGGCCACUACACAGAGGGUGCUGAGCUGGUGGACUCCGUCCUGGACGUGGUGAGGAAGGAGUCGGAAAGCUGUGACUGUCUCCAGGGCUUCCAGCUGACCCAUUCUCUGGGGGGCGGCACCGGCUCGGGGAUGGGCACCCUGCUCAUCAGCAAGAUCCGCAAGGAGUACCCCGACCGCAUCAUGAACACCUUCAGCGUCAUGCCCUCGCCCAAGGUGUCUGACACCGUGGUGGAGCCCUACAACGCCACCCUCUCAGUGCACCACCUCAAGAUGUCAGCCACCUUCAUCGGCAACAGCACGGCCAUCCAGGAGCUGUUCAAGCGCAUCUCGGAGCAGUUCACGGCCAUGUUCCGGCGCAAGGCCUUCCUGCACUGGUACACGGGCGAGGGCAUGGACGAGAUGGAGUUCACCGAGGCCGAGAGCAACAUGAACGACCUGGUGUCCGAGUACCAGCAGUACCAGGACGCCACGGCCGACGAACAGGGGGAGUUCGAGGAGGAGGAGGGCGAGGACGAGGCCUGAGCCUCCACACCAGGUUAGGGAAAGCCAAGAAGGAGGCGGGGGUGGGGGGCUCGCUGUGAAUCCCUGGCUUUGAAGGAGCAAGCAUGGUCUGCCGUGGGUGUGUGCGCCGGUCUUGGUGCCCUUCACUGUUGCCUGUCACUUUGUUUUCUCUUUUGUAACAUUGAUGUAACAUUUGAGAUACUUCUGAACUACUGUUGUAAUGGCUAAAGUC